AUGGAACUCACUCCUUUUCAUUACACAUUGUAUCAAGUCUGCAAGCUAUCAAGAUCCCUCUACGGCUUGAAGCAAGCGAGCCGUCAAUGGAAUGCCAAAUUAACGACAGCUCUAUUAAAUGUCGGAUUCAAACAGUCAAAUGCUGAUCCUUCUCUGUUCACAAGGGGGAAGGAUGGUGAUUUUUUUGCACUUUUGGUCUAUGUUGACGAUAUACUAGUAGCAAGUGGCAGAAUGGCACUCAUCCAGGAAUUAAAGGACUUAUUAAACAAAGCUUUCAAGAUCAAAGAUUUGGGUGCCCUAGGCUAUUUUCUAGACAUUGAAGCCAGCAGCAGUAAAGAUGGUAUGAAUAUUUGUCAGAGGAAAUAUGCUCUUGACAUUCUCAAUGAUGCAGGUUUUCUUGACUGCAAGCCAAUUCGAACUCCCAUGGUGCCUGGUUCUCUCCUAUCUCCAAAAGAUGGUACGGUGCUAAGUGAUCCUAGCAGCUAUCGAAGGUUGAUUGGGAGACUAUUGUACCUCACGGCAACUAGGCCAGAUAUCACCUAUGUCGUGCAUCAUCUCAGUCAAUUCGUGAGUGCUCCCACAGACAAGCACAUGAUAGCAGCCCACCGUGUACUUCGUUACAUCAAAGGUUCUCCCGGCCAAGGUCUUUUUUAUCUAGCAGAGGCUUCACUCAAUCUCAAAGCAUUCUCUGACUCAGAUUGGGCAUCAUGUGCUGAGACUCGUAAGUCGGUCACAGGGUACUGCAUCUUUAUAGGAGCAUCCCUUGUCUCGUGGCGAUCAAAGAAGCAAGCAACGGUAUCAAAAUCCUCAUCUGAAGCAGAGUACCGGGCUCUUGCAACGACAGCCUGUGAAUUACAGUGGAUCACAUCUCUGCUUCGUGAUAUGCAUGUCAGCUCUGCCAACCCUGCUGUGGUUUACUGUGACAACAAAUCUGCUAUAGCGAUAGCCGAGAACCAUGUCUUUCACGAGAGGACCAAACAUAUUGAUAUCGAUUGCCACAUCAUAAGGGAACGAAUCACUUAA